CAGAUUGGCCUCUGCGGGCGAGUGGCGUUGUUGUCUGCACAGUGAUUAUGGUAGGACCUGUCUAGCAACGGUGAUGUCACGAUAACCAAUACCACGAGCUCUUUCUCUCCCUUCUGUAUUAUCACCCUACCAGCUUCCUCUCCUUUUUCCUAGGUUUCUUCAUCCACUGCCUCCCCCUUUUCCUUGCCCACUUUCCCCUUAAAUCUCUUUCCACUCUUCUGUCCCUUCUCUAAGAUUUCUCGUAUUUCUUGCUUGCUCCUGACCUUCCAUGCUUCUCCUUUCCCAUGUCUUCCCCCCCUUUUAGCUUCUCAUUUGUAAUUUCAUCCUAACAUUUCUUCCCAUCCCACUUCCUUCUUCCCUCCUGCUGUCCCACCUACGUCCUGCUGCCCUGUCUCCUCCCUCGUGGCUGGUGAUGGAGGAGUUUGAAGAGCUGACGACGCAUUACGUGGCUGGGGUCUCCCACACUACCCACCACCACUCCCUGCUCACAUCCACGCCCGCAGCAGUGAUUUGUUUAUUUUCUGCAGAUGGCGGUGAAGACAGCACAGUACCCAACAACAGCAGUAGUUUGGGCGUAGUGUACCUGCGAGCGGCACCGUGGGUGGUGCCUCUUCUGGCUGCUGCUGCAACCAAUGCGGCAGCCAUCGUCGCCUUCGAGGUGUACGUGUUAGUGCGUGCUGCCCAUGGGACGCCCUCUCGGCGACACCUCUUCCUGGGGCAGUGUCUGCUGGUAGGGCUGUUGCUGUGCUCGCUCUCAGGGCUUCCCAUCGCUCUAACUCCAACACCUCUCUCCUGCGCUGCUACACGAUUGUUGGUUGGGGUGUCAAGUGCUCUGGUGUUUGCAGCGUUACUAGUAAAGUUUGUGUUCCUCAUCUCCUUGAACUCGGGUGUGUACCUGCCAGCCCAUUACCAAGGUCUGCUUCUCUUUUUCGUCGUCUUGGUGCAGGUGAGCAUCAACAUCCAGUGGCAGUGGUCCCAGCCAGCAGGGGUGACUGUUACACGGGACCAUGACACUGGAGAACUCCACCAGUCUUGCCUUGCGCCUUACAGGCACUUCCUCCUCUCCCUCAUUUAUGUCAUCAUACUCAUUAUUUCUGUUGCUGCACUAGCUAUUAAGUGCCGUGGGAUCCGUGAAAACUACCGUGAAGCAGCAUACAUAGGAGCAGCUCUGGGUUUGGUUCUGCCGCUCUGGUUGGCUUGGACUUUGGCUGGUCUCAUCCUUCCUCCACCCCACCAGCCAGCAUGCCUCGGUUUUGGCAUUGUUGCCACUGCUACUGUCGUCUUCAUAGUCAUGUUCAUACCAAAGCAGGGACGGCAACUAGCAGCAGUUGGGAAGGAAGGUGUGUUCCGUGAAGACCAGGAUGAUCAGCUAUCUACCAUCUCUGGUGGUGCACGUUACUCCCCUUCUUUCUUCCUUUUCAAGCCCAUCAAGCCUCCUAAGGACCUGCUUGCACCAGCUACCUCACUUUACAAAACUAGAAUACCAGGUCGCUACAGAUAUGGGGCUCUUCUUCCUCUUCCCCACCCACAGCCUCCACCACCUGCACCCUACUAUUGGCCUGCACUACACUAUUAUCACCACUACUCUCAAGGUAUGAGCCGUACAGAUGAUGGUGUAUACGCUAGUAUAGACCCGCCUGCACCACACUUCACCCUCUCUGGAAACCCAAAUUUCUAUUUGUUCCGUUCCCAUGCCCAUACUGGUAUGAUGUACUGAAGUGUGAAAGUAUCCGAAGGUACAGUAUAUAGUAAUAAUUUUUUUGACGCUAUUGAACCUAUACCAACAGCAAAUAUUUAAGUUAAUGUUAAUGAUUCCUACCACAGCCAACUUUCUAAAUGCUCCUUGGUUUCAUUAGCAUCAGCUCUUUCAGAAGUAUACACAAGUCAUAAGGCAAUUAAUAUUCAAAAGGUAAUAAUCACAACAUUUGCUGUGGUCCCCCACUAGGCUCAAAUUUGAGGUUGCAUAAAUUGGCUGGAUUAAAGGAAGUGACUAGACUGCAGGGUUAUGAGAAAAUCAUGCAAGUACAUAUUUAUACAUAGAAUGGGGUCCACAUGGACAGCCUUAGCACUCAACAUGUAAGGUCAUAAAACACUCUUCAGAAUAUUUAUAUACAGUACAGUGUACAUUAAACUUUUUUAAUAAAAAAAAAAACUGUCUUCAGAAGAUUGUUAUUCUCAUUAACAAAAAGGUUAUUUAUUGUGGCCGUUAUAAGUAUUCUGUGUAAGUACCAGUACCAUACAUAGUCACAUAAACUGUUUGUCACUUUUGUAUGAUUUACCUGACCCCUGUUAUCAGAAGUUUUAAAAGGUCUUGUGUAUUCACAGGUCUGUAGGAGGUACAGUGGAACCUCAAAUAUCGAACUUUCUUCAGUCCAGAAGGCUGUUAGUGCCUUUACCGAAUGAAUUUAUUCCCAUCAGGAAUAAUGUAAAUUAGAUUAGUCCAUUUCAGACCCUCAAAAAUACACUUAUAAAAGCACUUACAAAAAUACAUUUACAUAAUUGGUUGUGUUGGGAGCAGUUCGAUUUCUGAGGUUCCACUGUACUACUAUCGAGAAUGGGGCAGUCUCUCUUUAUUGGCAAGUGCCAUAUCUUGGCUUGAUGUGCGUUCAUAUUACUGAGCAUUCCUUCCACUCCUAUCCAUGGAGAUCAGUCAUCUUUACUGGAGCUUGAAAUCCACUCCCACCAUCAGAGUUUCUAGAAAUCCAUAAAAUUGCCAGUUUGGGUGAAGGUUUCUGUAACCACUAGUAUUUGGUAAGGGUUCCUCCCACCACAACCACCACCACCUGUGUUAGAGGUACAUGUCAACACCAGUACUGAUAAGGUAACUACCAUCUAUGUAUUUGGUUGAAAAUUCCUGACAUAGCUGUUAUGUUUCUUACUCCAUCACAGUUAAAGGUCACUUCUGUUAUUACUAUGUCUAGAAGUCUCUACCAUUACUAAUACUAGAGGUUUCGUGCAUUACCACCAAAAAAAUUUCAUUACAUGUAGCAGUUAAUGGGAAAAAUUUACAAAUGACUAAGAAGCAGUUUUUUUUUUUGUUCACUUCAGGAAUUACAGUGAAGGUGUUUGUGCAGAAAAAUAAGUAAACUUUUUAAUUUAUGAUGGUAUUUACUGUUUUUUUUUUCCCCCCUAAGUUAGGCUACACACUGACAGGCGCUAAAUUUUAGAUUGAAUAAUAAACCUUGAUCUGUUGUGCCAGGUUAUUGUUGAGUAACAUUGGCUCUUAGGUAUUUAAUUGUUUAUGAUGCUUAUUUUUAUUGAUAAUAGUUGCCACUACGUGGUUGCUUUGUAUAAUAAAAUAGGAUUCUACUGCAGUAACCUGUGCUAACAGUUUAAUAUGCCAGUAUUAUAGUGCAGUUCAGAGGAAACAAACAUGAGUAUCUUAUUUUGAAUCUUUGGUUUGACCACUAAAACUUUGCAUUAUAGUAUUUUUGUAUGGUAUGUUAAGUAUCAAGUUAGUCUUGCCUUUUGUAGAAAAAUUGUAUUUAGGCUUUUGUGUGUGUACUGUAUUUUCUAACAGGUUACAAUUUGCCAUGAAACUAGAGAACUGUUGGCGUGUUUAAACAGCAGCGUACUUUUCAGCAUAUGAUGGACUUUGCACUAAAAAUUGCUCUAUAAAUAAUGCCAGUACUUUCAUUUAUUGGAGAAGUGUUGUAAUUAUUAUAUUUAUUUUCCAACUGCUGAUUCUCACGAAGACGGGUGUCUCAAAGAAAACAUUAAUCACCAUUUAUUCUCUGGGUGCCUCUCCAGAACAGAGUUCAUGAGUGAUAUGUAGCAUUUAAUGUGCUGGAGCAUGAACAAGGCAAUAUCUUUGAAGAGAUUAAGGGAAACCAGCUAGCCAGAUUUGAAAGUUUAGUGCUAGAACUCUGAAAGGUGAGAAGAGGUUAAGUUUAGUGGGUCGACACUGCUCCAUGAUGCCUGUGGUAUUAUGGAAAGUGAGUUAGAGAAUAAUAGUGAAUGUUUUCUUCAAGUGGGGAAAGAAUUUGCAAGAUAAAACAAUAAAAAACUUGCUGGUACUUCAGCUAUACAGAUGUUGCAAACAAAAAAUAAAACCGACACUAGCAAUAUUUGAAAUAGGAUGCUCUCGAUGAAAAAUUGUGCACACAGAAAAGAUUGUGUGCUCAUAUGUGGGCAUAAAAGAUAUUCUACUUUGUUAUAUAGUACUGUGUAACAAACA